GCUAAGAUGGCGACCGACACUGCAAGAGAAAAAGUACUGGGCGAUUACAGGAAAAAGCUUUUAGAACACAAGGAAAUUGAAGCUAGGUUAAAAGAAAUGAGAGAGCAGCUAAAGGAAUUGACUAAACAAUAUGAUAAAUCUGAGAAUGACCUAAAAGCUCUGCAAAGUGUUGGACAGAUCGUUGGUGAAGUUUUAAAACAGCUGACUGAAGAUAAAUUCAUAGUAAAGGCAACCAAUGGGCCACGUUAUGUAGUUGGCUGCAGACGACAGCUAGACAAGCUGAAGCUGAAACAAGGAACACGUGUUGCACUUGAUAUGACAACACUAACCAUCAUGAGGAUCCUGCCGCGCGAAGUCGACCCUCUGGUUUACAACAUGUCGACGGAAGACCCUGGCGACAUCUCCUACUCAGGUGUCGGGGGGCUCGGCGAGCAGAUCCGUGAGCUGCGGGAGGUGAUCGAACUGCCUCUGCUCAACCCGGAGCUGUUCCUGCGAGUCGGCAUUACCCCUCCGAAGGGCUGCCUCCUGUUCGGGCCUCCCGGAACGGGGAAAACUCUGCUGGCGAGAGCGGUGGCGUCGCAACUCGAUGCCAAUUUUCUCAAAGUUGUCUCGAGUGCAAUCGUAGACAAAUACAUUGGCGAGAGUGCUCGCCUUAUCCGUGAGAUGUUUGCUUUUGCACGUGAUCAUGAACCCUGCAUCAUCUUCAUGGAUGAGAUAGAUGCUAUCGGUGGCAGGAGAUUUUCCGAAGGUACGUCGGCCGACCGUGAGAUUCAGCGCACGUUGAUGGAGCUGCUGAACCAGAUGGACGGCUUCGACCGUCUCGGCCAGGUCAAGAUGAUUAUGGCUACUAACCGACCGGACGUGCUGGACCCAGCGCUGCUGCGUCCGGGAAGAUUGGACAGGAAGAUAGAGAUUCCUCUACCAAAUGAACAGGCACGGUUAGACAUUCUGAAGAUUCAUGCUGGUCCCAUCACCAAGCAUGGUGAUAUCGAUUAUGAAGCAGUUGUAAAGCUGUCUGAUGGCUUCAACGGUGCCGAUCUGAGAAACGUCUGCACUGAAGCAGGUAUGUUUGCGAUCCGCGCAGAGAGGGAUUACGUGAUCGAGGAGGAUUUCAUGAAGGCCGUCAGGAAGGUGGCAGAGAACAAGAAGCUGGAGACGAAGCUCGACUACAAGCCCGUGUAAACGAGCCGAGGCAAUCCUCCCAUCCCGACGCGCGGGGGAGGGGGGGAAGCCGGCGCAAUACCCCCGCCCCCGCAGGAUAUUCAGCCGACCAGCAUACUCGUAUUUACUGCAAUUUUCCGACUUGGGAAAAGUGCAUCUUGCCGGUUGCACUAAGAGUACAUGCGAUUGGACGUGUUUUUUCCCCAAUCCUACGGAUUAUAUACAGGUAGCAUGCGGAAUGUGUAGCCGUCUGCAAUGGCGUACCGGGGUCAGAAGUUAACAGACAGGCUUUACUUCCAAGUGACAAGUUUUUAUGUUUCUGUGCUCUAAAACAUUCUCCAAAAAUAUUUCGAAAUCAUAAAUGGUACAGUCGCAUUAAGCAGUCGAUGCUUUAUCAAAACAGUGUAUUACUUGUGUGUAAAGUUCUGCACGUUUUUAUGGAUAUAAAAAUUUGAUGCAGGUGGAACUGGAUUUGCCACGAGACAAAAGCAAGAAUGUAUAUAAUGUCAGUGUUAUAUAUUUAAUAGUGGCAUAUGUAUACUUUCCCCGAGUGAAUAAAAACAAAUUAACAAAAGAAAAAAGCAAAUUUGUGUUUAUUCACUCCUGAUAUUUUGUAUGUAUACUUUGUGUUCUGUUCCUAACAGUACUUCAAAAUUUCAUCCCGAGUACAAACUAUUUAUGAGUAAAAAGUAAAUAAACAUGUAUUAAAUUGUAAA